AUGACUACUGAAUCUGAAUCCAAGUACUCAACUGAUGUGCUUUCUCAGUUGUUGGCCAAGUUAAACGUUGCCACCGACAAGGAUGAGGCUGCUUCUAACGUUGCCUCUUUCUUGAACAGUUCAAUUGUUGAACAUGACGUUCCUCUCGAAUUCUUCCAAGAUUUGGAAAAGGAGAUCAACAACAAGAAGAAUGCUGAACUUUCUAUUGCUGCUUUGAAGGCUGUUGGCCACAUUGCUUCUCCUAACAACUUGUCACCAUCUGUUGAACCUUAUGUCAUCAACAUGACCACCUCCAUUGCUGCUAAGGCUGGUGACAAGAACAAGGAUGUUCAAGCUGUUGCUGCUGAAUCUCUUUUGGCUUUGGCCAAGGCUAUCUCCCCUAAGGCUAUCAAGAUCUUCUUACCUAAGUUGGUUGAAAGUUUGAAGACUACCAACAAGUGGCAAGAAAAGAUUGCUGUCUUGGACGCUGUUUCUGCUUUGGUUGACACCGCUAAGGACCAAGUUGCUUUAAGAAUGCCUGAGUUGAUCCCAGUUCUCUCUGAAGCUAUGUGGGAUACCAAGAAGGAAGUUAAGGAAGCUGCUCUCGUCACCAUGACCAAAUCUACCGAAACCAUCGACAACAAGGAUAUCGAAAAGUUUAUUCCAAGAUUGAUUGACUGUAUUGCCAACCCAACUGAAGUUUCCGAAACCGUUCACUUGUUAGGUGCUACUACUUUUGUUUCUGAAGUUACUAUGGCCACUUUGUCUAUCAUGGCUCCUUUGCUUUCCAGAGGUCUUGCUGAAAGAGACACUGCCAUCAAGAGAAAGGCUGCUGUCAUUGUUGACAACAUGUGUAAGUUGGUCGAAGACCCUCAAGUUGUUGCCCCUUUCAUGUCUUCUUUGUUACCUGCCUUGAAGCAAAACUUUAGUAUCAUUGCAGACCCAGAAGCUAGAGGAAAGACUCAACAAGCUUUGAACACUUUGAGAAGAGUUGGUGACAUUAAGGAAGGUGAUGUUAUUCCUGAAAUCUCCACCGCAGGUGACAUUGAUGUCACUUUAGAUAUCUUUAACGAAUUGACCAAGGACCAAAAGGUUGCUGCUAGAUUCGAUGUUGCCAAGAGAUACAUUGCCGCUAUUGCUGGUGAUUUGGUUGACGAAAGACAAAUUCAACCUGAAGCUUGGAUUGAAGCUGUUUUGCCUUUUGCUACCAUUUUCUUGCACGAAAAGGAAGCUAAGGAAAUCAUUGAAGAAUUCAGAAAGAGAGCCAUUGACAACAUCCCUCAACCACCAGCUUUCCUUGAUGAAGAAGAUGAUGGAGAAGACUUGUGUAACUGUGAGUUCUCUUUGGCCUAUGGUGCUAAGAUCUUGUUGAACAAGACCCAAUUCAGAUUAAAGAGAAACAGAAGAUAUGGUUUGUGUGGUCCUAACGGUGCUGGUAAGUCUACCUUGAUGAGAGCUAUUGCUAAUGGUCAAGUCGAAGGUUUCCCAACCCAAGAAGAAUGUAAGACUGUCUACGUCGAACACGACAUUGACGGUACUCACGCUGAAACCUCUUUGGUUGAUUUCGUCAUCCAAGAUGGUGAAGUUGGUUUGACCAAGGAAGCUGUCAUUGAAAAGUUGACUGAAUUCUCCUUCUCCGACGAAAUGAUUCAAAUGCCAAUCUCCUCCUUGUCUGGUGGUUGGAAGAUGAAGUUGGCUUUGGCCAGAGCUGUCUUGAAGAAUGCUGAUAUCUUGUUGUUGGAUGAACCUACUAACCAUUUGGAUACUGUUAACGUUGCUUGGUUGGUUAACUACUUGAACACUUGUGGCAUCACUUCCAUCAUCGUUUCUCACGAUUCCGGUUUCUUGGACAAUGUUGUUCAAUACAUUAUCCACUACGAAGGUUUCAAGUUAAGAAAGUACAAGGGUAACUUGUCUGAAUUCGUCAAGAAGUGUCCUUCUGCUCAAUCUUACUACGAAUUGGGAGCCUCUGAAGUUUCAUUUAGCUUCCCUGAACCAGGUUUCUUGGAAGGUGUCAAGACUAAGCAAAAGGCUAUUGUUAAGGUUUCUAACAUGACUUUCCAAUACCCUGGUACCAGCAAGCCUCAAAUUUCUGGAAUUAACUUCCAAGUUUCUCUUUCAUCUAGAAUUGCUGUUAUCGGUCCUAACGGUGCUGGUAAGUCUACCUUGAUUAACGUCUUGACCGGUGAAUUGUUGCCAACUGAGGGUGAAGUUUACGUUCACGAAAACUGUCGUAUCGCUUACAUUAAGCAACAUGCUUUUGCUCAUAUUGAUAAUCAUUUGGACAAGACUCCAUCUGAAUAUAUUCAAUGGAGAUUCCAAACUGGUGAAGAUAGAGAAACCAUGGACAGAGCCAACAGACAAAUCAACGAAGAUGAUGAAAAGGGAAUGAACAAGAUCUUCAAGAUUGAAGGUUCUGAAAGAAGAAUUGCUGGUAUCCACGCCAGAAGAAAGUUCAAGAACUCUUACGAAUAUGAAAUCUCCUGGUUGUUGGGUGACAAUGUUGGUAUGAAGAAUGAAAGAUGGGUUCCUAUGAUGUCUAUGGACAACACUUGGUUACCAAGAGGUGAAUUGGUUGAAACCCACAGUAAGAUGGUUGCUGAAGUUGAUAUGAAGGAAGCUUUGGCUUCCGGUCAAUUUAGACCAUUAACCAGAAAGGAAAUCGAAGAGCACUGUAACAUGUUGGGUUUGGACCCUGAAUUGGUUUCUCACUCUCGUAUCAGAGGUUUGUCUGGUGGUCAAAAGGUUAAGUUGGUCUUGGCUGCUUGUACCUGGCAAAGACCUCAUUUGAUUGUCUUGGAUGAGCCUACUAACUAUUUGGAUAGAGAUUCUUUGGGAGCUUUGUCUAAGGCUUUGAAGACUUUCGAAGGUGGUAUUGUUAUCAUUACUCACUCUGCUGAAUUCACCAAGGAUUUGACUGAAGAAGUCUGGGCUGUUUUGGACGGUAAGAUGACCCCAUCUGGUCACAACUGGGUCCAAGGUCAAGGUUCUGGUCCAAGAUUGGAAAAGAAGGAAGACGAAGAAGACAAGUUUGAUGCCAUGGGUAACAAGAUUGCCGCUGGUAAGAAGAAGUCUAAGUUGUCUUCUGCUGAGUUGAGAAAGAAGAAGAAGGAAAGAAUGAAGAAGAAGAAGGAAUUGGGUGAUGCUUAUGUUUCUUCUGAUGAAGAUUAA